AUGUCGAGUGGUCUGUCGGCACGACGUCUUAUUUUGCAGCAGCUUACUGCAGUGGCACAAUACAGUCCUUUUAGGCCAGUGUUAGCGGCCAUGUUAGCGAACCACACUGCUGCUUCCACAAUGACGGCCUCUUUGAAUGAUCACGGUGGGAGCAAAAGUAAGAGCUCAUGGUUUCGUAUUUCUCUGAUUUCUCCUGAAAGUAGUCGCGGAACAUUUACAUUGAUGACGGAGGAGGAAAUGGAAUACCUGCGACGAAGACGAGAGGAGGACGGGGAUGAGGCACGGGUGGUUCUCUCCACGCGGCCGGCAAAAAGCCUAAUGAAAGGUCUGGCGGGAUGUGCUCUUAACUUAUUUUUGUCAUUUCUUCUUUCGCCUCUGUUGGCCCUCUCUGUCUCUCUCGAGGCCGUUCGAUUGAGUGGGGCGCGGCCUGUCACACUGGUUGUUGCUCCGAUUGUGGGGUUAACGUGGGGAACGGUGUUUGUUGUCAUUGCAUGGUACGCCGCACUACAGCAACUGGUCAUGUGUGCAUUUUAUCAGAUGCAGGGGCCACUGUUGUUCCUUUUUCGCAUAGGCUAUUGCUGGAACGAGCUUGCCUGCCGUUAUGAGCAUCCUUCUGGUGUUUUUGGUUGUGCUCAUCCGCUUCUUGCGAUGUACGCGUCGGAAGAAAAACUGCGGGAGCGGGCGAUGAAGCGUGAGUCACGUCGCCGACGGAAUGAGAAGCGCGGUGUCACGUAUGACCGCUCAAAGAGUGGCAAGGGAAUGAAUGAAAACGACUAUUACGCCGUUUUGGGUGUCGAACGGGACGCCACACCGCGACAAAUCAAAGAGGCAUACAAUCGCCUUGUGUUGGAGGUGCAUCCGGAUAAAAACCCGAGUAAAUCCGCGGCUUCUCACUUUGACGCGGUUACAAAGGCGUAUCGUGUGCUUGGUAACGCGGAGAGGCGGCGCAAAUAUGACAUUGGAGGCACGAGUGUUGUGGAGGACCUUGGGGAAAAGAAAAGAGACGCUGUUCGGGCGCUCUUUGGUGGUGACGCCCUACACGCCAUUGUGGGCGAUGUGAAGACAGGCAACUUCUCCCAGCGUGUCGUGGAUGGCCUUGACUGGACGCAGGAAGAGCUGGCUGUGUGCCGGCAACGCAUGCUCGAGCGUUGCCGUGAUGAGCUUCUCACAUCAUUCCUAGAGCCUCUUCAGAAGAGCAGGGAGAACAGCGGCAAUAGUAAUAACAAUGGGGCCGGUCUCACCGAAGUAAAGAAGCGUUUGCAACGGCUUCUCAACACAGGCCUCGCCAAGGAGGUGUUGUCUGCGGUGGGGCAAGAGUACAUGCGUGUCGUCCGGUAUAGUGAGGCAAUGAAUUCGUUACAGAGACUUGAAUUAUUUCUGAAGGUCAUCGCCCCACAUCGUGCCCGGCGAAAAUUGGACAAGUGGCGUUCUUUGGGCCGCAUUCGACAGCAUACAUUCAAAGACUCUGCAGCCAUGGUGGAUCUGGCGUGGUACACAUCCGUUGAGGAACUUGAAUCCACGGCGUGGUGGGUAGCAACGGCUACUCUUCUUGACCCACAACUGCCAGUUGAGGAGCGUCAACGUCGUCGUGACGCACUGCGAGUACUUGCCGAGACAUUUAUCGUGUAUGGACAAGCGUACAAGGGUGCCAACAGACAAACGAUGGAUACGUUGAUGAAUUCCCUACGGGACUACAAUCAACAGCAGCAACAGCGAAAGCGAGAUGACCAAUGA